AUGACUCGGAAUCCAACAGAAAAGUAUCUCAAACCCUGGGAUAUGCUUUAUGCUUUGCCACCCUGGGAUAUCCCAGAAAUAUCAUAUCUUAACCCUUUUCUCGCUUAUGACAAGUCUACCACUUCAUCUGUUGUCUUUCAACAACUUUUUCUAUAUCACCGCAAUGAAUAUUCUACACACAUUCCUGUUUUUACGGAUGGCUCAAAGACAGCUCAUCAAGUAGGUUGUGCUGUCGUCAUUGCUGAGGACACAGGCAGCUUUCAGUUGAGUACUUUGUGUUCAGUUUUAACUGCUGAACUAAUGGCAAUUAUGAUUGCUCUUGAAAAAAUUUCUAACCUCACUUACCACAAAUUCUGCAUUUAUUCUGAUAGUAUGAGUGCUCUGGAGGCCCUCAGCCAUCCUCAUACUAAAACACAUCCACUAGCUGUAGAUAUCCUACAUCUUUGGAGAGAUUUGCAAGCUCAGAACUACCAAAUUUUAUUUUGUUGGUUACCUGGCCAUGUUGGCAUUGUUGGCAAUGAAUCUGCUGAUGCUGCAGCAAAGACAGCAUCCACUUCUCUACAACGAGCUAUUCCCCUGACAUCACUUUGUGGCCGGUAG